AUGGAAUUUUCGUCGCCCCUGUUGGCCGGUCAACCCAGCGCUGCCACCACAGCGUCCUUUAAACGAGUAUUUCAUUUUGUGGAUGCGACGGGCGGCCAUAGUCGAAGGAAUGCCCGCUCUCAUUUAGUAACUGAGCGCUUGCGAGAACGCAGGUGGCGUGACUAUGCGGCCAAGAAACAAGCAUGCCUGAGACGUCCAAUACUAUCCGACUCUUCUCCAGCUGAUGAUAAUACCAAUGCGGGAAGCAAGAAGGAUUGCCAAGAGAGCCAGCGCAUGAAACUUUGUCCAGCCAUCUUUCUCAUGGAGCCGAUAUCAUGCAGUCUAGACCCGUUCCACACCUUGCCGGUCGAGUCAUCGCCCGCAGUAUUACAGCUGGUCGACCACUGUAUUGAUCUCUUUCCAUCGCGUUGGAUACCUACCCAUACUGACUACCCAUUCACAGAUACUAGAGUCAUUCCAUCACUGCUCCUAGAUUCCGCCGAGUUGGGUAUUUCCAAACAUGAGCCUAGUGUAGACCUGUUUCAACUGUACAGCCUGCAUCCUGCCUCGUUCCUGGGUAUGCUGUACCACUCCGCCCGUCACAGAGAGCAUCUCUAUAAAAAUGAAGUGACGGGAACCCUAUCCCUCGCUUUCAAGAGCAAGGCCCUCGGGGAGGUGAGCAGGCAAUUGGGGUAUUCUAGGGCACGAGGGGUGCAUCCUGACAACGGCACGAUAUUAGCAAUUUAUCAACUCGCCAUCGCAGAACGCUUGUGGGGUGAUCUGGAUACAUUCCGGCUUCAUUGGCGGGCAAUGUACGACAUCAUUGAUGCCCGAGGCGGUGCGGCAGCAUUCACAGCUCAUGAUCUCAUGUACAGCAAAAUCUUGUGGAAUUGUUUCGCGCUGUUGAAUGCACGCGAUGGUUAUUUCAAUUGCCCUCGCAACCCGUUGGCAUCACAAGCAAAUUAUGACUUUGAAAUAACGACCGAGGAAAUGGUCAGCAACAGCCAUUGUUUCGUUCAGUCUUAUACCGGUCGAAGAGCCUCCAUACUGAGGCUUUUACCCACCUCUGAAGCUGAAUCCGAGCUCCAGUAUGAGAUGUAUCCUCGACGGCUCAUGAGCUUCCAGCCUGGCACCGUUCUUCACCAGGUCUUGAGCCCAGAAUUACGCCGGAACAACGCCCUAGGAGGUUCCUACCCGAUUGCAGCGGACCCGAACCCGAACCAGCCUAUACAAAUGGUUGGCGACCGGCUCAGGACCGAUAACUGUAGGCUUGCAUGCAUUAUAUACAUCAAUCUGAUGCUCCUAGAGCUCGGAGACUUGUCUGAAGCUGCCGAGCUAUUUCUGGGUUCGCUUGAGCGAUAUUUACCCAACAACAAAUCAUUACGCUCUGCAGAGUUCUUACUCUGGACUCUUCUGCGCAGCCCGUAUCCACUCACCCCGGAGGCGUCACGGGUGCUGUGGUCAAAGACAAUCCAGAUCCUUGCCGUUGUGAAGCGAGCCAGAUACCAGCAUAGUAUCCUAGAAUAUCAAGAGGCAAUGUUCCUGUUUCUUGAACUGCCGAUCGAUGCCGCGAGAUUGUCGCCCAGCUUCCAAGUGGAUCUUGACGCUAUACAGCACGAGGCCCUUCGCGACGGCUUGGAUAUACCGGUUCCUCCUGACUCAUCCCUGGAGCCUGCCAUUGGAGGUUCCAGCCACCAUACCGCUAUCUCGCAAACAUACUGUGAGCUGCUCUGGUUUACGUGUGGCUCGUAA